GACUCCCGCCCGAUACCUACGCGCGCGGCGGAGAGGCCCCAGGGUCACGCGCCACCUGCGCUUACCGCCCCCUAAAGUUCCCGCAGAGCUGGCGCGCGCCGAUGACGUCAGAGACUAAUGGCGGCGGCGGCGGCGCUGGAAGCCUGGCAGGCGGCGUCUCGUCGGAGAAGGCGCUCGGCGGCGAUGCGUCCGCGGCGUAGGGAGGCGGCGGCGGCGGCCCGGGCCCCGGGAGCCCAGCCCGAGGUGGACGGCGGAGUCGUGCUUCGUCGCAUCCAGGAAGCCAGGGAGGACCUGCUUCUCUCUGAUUUCUGGAGUUCAGCACUAGAAACCGUCAACAGGUGUCUUAGGAAACAUCUGGAACAGCUGAAGGCCCCUGUGGGGCCUCUUUCAGAAGCCAUUGGAAGCCUGCAUCUCGACUCAUCACCAGGUGAGUCAGAUGUGGCCCCUGGCUCCGUCCCAGAAGAGACCCCAGUCACAGGAUCCUGCCGUUUGAAGUGUGUGUGUUACGGCGUUGGGAACUUCGCCACCUGCGUCAUAGCUAGAAACCAGCUCGCAUUUUUGCUUCUCUUUCUGGAAAAGUGCCAGAUACCCAGAAGUCACUGCUGGGUGUAUGACCCUCUGUUUAGCCAGCUGGAAAUUGCGGUUCUUAGCACCCUUGGUGUGGUUGUUCUCAGUGAGAACGAGGAAGGAAAACGGAGUGUGUACGGCGAGCCCACCGUCUUUUACAUGCUCCACUGUGGGACGGCGCUCUACAACAACCUUCUGUGGAGGAACUGGUCCAUAGAUGCCCUUUCCAAGAUGGUCAUCGUUGGGAACAGUUUCAGAGGACUCGAGGAAAAGUUGUUGACAAGGAUUCUGCAGAAACAUUAUCCGUAUGUUGCAAAGAUUGCGAAAGGAGUGGAGGAGCUGGCAUUCCCUCAGACCUCACAGUACACAGACGUAUUUAAUGACACCUCCGUCCACUGGUUUCCUGUACAAAAGCUAACACAACUCUCCACGGACACUUGGGCCUUUCGGGAAGAACCAGAUUACCAGGACUGUGAGGAUCUCGAGAUCAUCAGGAACAAGACGGAGGAUCCUUCAGCCCCUGACCUGAACCCGCUGUGAUGUGUCGGCAGAGGCGCUCGCCAUGGAGGGACUGCAGUGAGUCCCCUUUCAGAGUGAGCAGGAAGUACGUCGGCUGUGAUUUAAAAUACUGUUUGUUUAUUCAUAAGUCCGUCCGUGGCAGGUGCCGCGGUCUACUUGGCCAUGUCAAUCAGGCUCUGCAGGGAGGUGGGCACCCAGGUCUUCUCCCCCUGCACGAACACCACACCCCGAUCGAUGUAGAUGACGAUGCGGCCGAAGGUGUACAGCUGCUUCCCUUCGUGUCGCUUCCCGAUGACGGGCAUGAAGACGAUGUUGUGCUCCUCAGCCUUGGUCUCAAUGAGGUCUUUGAAGUUCAUGGGCACGGAGCUGGCAGCCACGCCGAUGCCUCUCUGGGCCAUGUUCUCAGCCUCCCGGCGCUCCUGCAUGGCCUCGUACUGGAAAUCCUUCCUGCGCUCUGUGUGGGUGAGGUAGGCGAUGUUCUCCCGUGCUCCGGGCUGCAUGUAGGCGCCUGGCAGAUACAGAGAGGGGGUGAGGGACAGGUCCCAGCGUGACAGAGAUGGAGACGCCGACUCGGCCUAGGGCUGGGUAUGCCACAGGCGCCAUCUCCUAAGGCCUCCUGGUGCCUCAGCGCGCUGGUUUAAAAUAAACCAGCUGAUCAGGCACCUUGGGGGAAGUGUGGCCAGCUGACUGCAGUCACAUAAAAAUUUCUGGUUAAUACCUAACAACCAGAGUUUAUUAAAUAUUCCACAUAAUAAAAAAGCAUCAGCAAGGGAUUUAUUCUUAUGGGCCGGAAACCUUGACAGUCAUUAGCCACUGUUCUGUUCCCUUCUUGCUAGAGUCUUCACCCCACAUUUGCCCCAGGGCAGCUUUUAGAACCCUGAAGACAUAUGGCCUAUACUAGUUACAUAUUUAACUUACCCAUACAGGCCCCCAGCCCUGGAAGAACUUUACUAUAUCUGGGGAGCUGAAACAACAGAUGUUUCAGCUUCACAGAUGAAGGGAUAAUACAGGACCACAAAUGCCCAGUGGUAAUGGGGGUACAAAUGGGGAACUGUUCCGGGAGCUUGGGGUCAGGGUGGCUGAGGAAGGAUGGCUAGAGUAUGAGAACAGAGAUGGCCCACUGUCCCUGGAAGGACCUGGGUAAGUAGAGACCAUAGACACAUAUUUGCCUCAUUAAAUGCAGGAUGUGUCUAUGAAUUCUAACUCCGUUUUCAUGUAAUAGGCUAAGUAGAAUUAAAGCCUCGGGAAAUUACAAUCCCAGCUGCCACUCUGUAGUUCUGUGACCUUGAAUGAGCUCUUGACCUUGUUGAGCUUCUCUGUGAAACACGGCUAGACUAGGUGCUCCAUUGGCCUUUGCUUUGAGAUGUGAGCACACUCUUAACACACGACUGGCUGAGUAGGCUCCCAAAACUGAUAUAGGCAGAGGGACUUCCCUAGAACUGAGUAGUUUGGGAACAGAUAGUAAAUGGAACAGUCAGCUGCCUACUUCUGACACACCAAAGACACCGCCUACUGAGUACCAUCCACGAACAGUAACUUGGUCCCCCUCGGUUCUUAAUAAAAACCUGGAAGUGGGUCCUUCCUACUGCUUUACAGGUAAAGAAAACGGGCUAAAGAGGUUAAGCAGCUACUUAAGUGUUUGUUAGUUAGAUAGAUAGACUGUCACCCUGCUCCACACCAUGAGCUGUUAGUGGCCACAGAGCGCCGGCCGGGCAGACGUGCCGAAGAGCCCAGACCCAGCUUAAGUGAGCGUCCAUUCAGGAAGAACGCCCCCUCCCAGCCCCAGGGGGUGGGGGAGUGGCUGCUAGCUAAACAACUACGUGAUGGGUCUUGUGGGCAAGAGUCUGUGUGCCCUGGAGGCGACGGCGAGCCCACUGGUACCUGAAAACUCUGUGUCAUUUCCACGCUCAGAAACGUGGAGCUCAGGCCCAGGACCUCCACAAAAUGGAACCCUCACUCACCGACAUUGGAGGACACCGCCCUGUUCAUGAUAUCAAGUGCCUCGUUAAAUUUGUCCUUGACGGAUGGGUGCGCCAGCACUUGGUCUGAGAACAUGGACUUCCAACCCAGGUACCACUUGGUGAUCUCCUCGUAAUUUGGGCUGUUACUGAGCCAGGAGCACAGCACCUGCCAAAAGGGAACAAAUAAGAAACCUGCAUCCACAGUGGCAACAAAUGGGAGCAAAACUUCCAAAGGGGCCACUUGUUUUGUUUGGGUCCUGCUCCUACAAGCUGAUGAUACCUGCAGGGGUAUUAGGGGGUCAGCUCGGUAGCUAAGUGCCCUGCGUGUAAACUGCACCUCGGCCUCCCACCCACACAAGCGAUACCAGCCCCCACCUUACAGGGCUGUUGUGAGGAGUGGGGGUGAUAACAGCAUCGGGCGCGUGGCAAAUGUCCAGUAAAGUGGUAAAGUGCUCGCUCGCUGUUCCUGCCCGCCUCAUUCUUACCUCGCCGUGUAGUUUAUCUUCCCUGUGUGGCCACAGCACUGCCACCCAAGUGACUCCCUCCCUGUCCCCAACGCACCCCCAACAAAGCGAAACAAAGCGUACCUGAAGCCACUUGGGGAAGAAGUGCUUUUCAAGAAGCCCCACCAGGCUAGAGACAGAGAUCAUCCCUUCCCAGUCGAUGACCCAAUAAAAAGCAUCCAUGUGCUGCUGGUGGGGGUUGAUGACCAACUCCCCGAGGCACAUCCCUGGAAGAGAAACCCAGCCUCUAAGGCAAAGCCACACAGCAGCGGCGUCACCAGACAACGUCGGCCUUCGAUCUGCUUUUAAAGGUCAAGUUGAAGCUCUCUUGGCAAUUCUUAAAAAUGGUUUUCUUCUCUAAUCCAGAAAUAGCUCUAUUUUUAGCUCUAUUUUUAGAAUCCAGUAUGACAAAAAUUUCAGAAUACCUGUGGCUAUACUGUCAGCAAAGGCCCGAACCGGACCAAUCAGGAGGCAGGCAGGGUCUGAUGCAGUUAGUGCAGAAAGGGGCCUGGUUAACGUUUAUAUUCGGCCUCAGUGCACAAAAUGCCACCUCUUAUACUGAGAAAUAUCAUGCACUCAGAGCUUGAAGGCCAUGUUUUUAAGCAGCACCAUCAUUACCGCCAGACACAGAAACCAGGCACCGACGCUGCUCGACGUGGAUGCACCUCCCCGGUUCCUUACCCAGCUUGGGCACUAUGUUCUUGACCAUGAAUGCCUCCCAGGAGCCGGGGGUGAAGACAUCUUUCCAGGGCUGGAGGAUGAGCUUGGCCGAGGAGUCGCUGGGGUGCCACUUCUGCAGGGCGCUGGCCAGCUUGCUGCGGAUGGGCGAGUAGAGCGGCUCCAGGCGCGCCUGCGUGAGGGGCAGCCACGGGUGCAUCCACGAGUGGAUGGGGACGGUGUCUGUCAGCGGGUUCCAGUUUUCCACCUGCAGGAGGAGCGGGGGAAAGGCAGCAGCUCACGCGGCCUGCGGGGAAGUCACACAGUGACCCCCGUGCUCUCCUGGCCGAGGUCCCUGUCCUUGGCGCGUGUAUGGGUGACACGGUCUCCAUUACAUUUUCCCCAAACAGGGACACCGACCCACCAACAGACCCAUGCAAUUUGUAUUAAAUCUCAGAAAUGGCACAGUUCUGAUUUUAUUAAAGAAGCCAAGUAAAUGGAUUCCCUAUUAAGGGGGGGUUUUGGGGGAAAGUGCUGAGCAAAGGGCUGGAGUUAACAUUACAGAACAGUGGCUGUGUUGGUGAAUUCUGGGCAUUGUAACAGCAGUGAGAGGAUGGAGAGAAACGCGAAACGAAUCCCCGUGCUUCCUGAUAACAACCGUUUCCCACGCCUGGCCCCACCUCCUUCUGCAGCUUGGGGAAGAUGAGCUGGUCCAGGAUGUUAUCCAAGAUCCACACGGGAAUGAUGUGCACCCAGCUAUCCAGGAAGUCCACCAUCGGGUCACAGUUCCUCGGCUGCCAGUGAGUGACAAUAUUUCGAACAAAUGGCAUCCAGACUUCCCAUAUCAGCCUAUGCGAGAAAGGCAGAGGGCGGCUGGCUCAAAGCACUGACCGGUUUCCACGUGUGCGAGGUACACCACCACCCACCUCUAGGGUAAGACAGAAAAUGGCAACAGCGGGGCAAUCCAGUCACAGAAAACCAUCGGACCAGCCCAUGUGUCGGCCAGACGUGCGCCUGCCUUGACCCUGCUCUCCCGGCUGCCCCAGCCACCCACUCGGCCUCGGGGCCUGUCUCCUCAGUAGCACCCGCCUCGCUGGCAGGGCUGCUGCCGGGUCCCGCCCCCACCCCCAAGCGCCGUGUGCUUCCCCAGCUGGAGCUCUGUCUGCACAGCCGACGCCCCUCAUGCUUUGGGUCACAGCUUCAACGUCACCUCCCCUGAGAGGCCUGUGCCCCCGCCACAGGUGUGCAUACACAGGUGGGCACCCUUGUCAUUCUCUACUGCUGGACCCAGGUGGCAGCCUGGGUUUAUCUGUCCACUUCCUGGGUUACCACCUGCCUUUUCCCCUCACUGGAGACAGGCCGUCUCUUCACUCCCAGGGUACGGCAGCACGCAGCACAGGCAGAUCCUCAACGGCCACUUGACAGGUGUGGGGUGAACCGAGCAGCACCGGCACGUGGCCGAGGGCUCACACAGGCAGUACCCCCGUCCCCCCCCGAGAAGCACCUGUGGAAGGCAUCUGCCGAGAGGUCCUGCCCGCCGUGGGACAACAGCUGGUCGUUCUCCAGGAGGCUCUUCCACUUGGAGAUGAUCUCAGUGCCGUACGUACAGUCCUGAGGAGAAACACAGCAGCUGACAGGCAGCCGGCUGACGGCCCCCUUGCCCCCUGGACCGUCUCGCACCCAGGCCUGCCCCGGAGGAGAGGCAGCGCGGCGGGCUCCCCGCCCACUCACCUUGAGGGGGUCCCACUCCUUGAAGUAGUCCUUCAUGAGCGGGUAGACGAUGGCCACGGCCAGGUCCACGCGGUCGGACAUCCUGUACUCCUCGUAGUACUUGUCCUGCAGCGUCUCGAAGAUGCGGGCGCACUCGUCCAGGGUGAGGGGGUCACCGCAGCCGGGCUGCAGGCGCCGCUCGCACUCCUCCACGAGCUCCAGGACCUUGCUCAGGUUGGAGAUGACCCGCUCCUCGUGCUCCAGGACCUCCGACAUCUUCUCCAGCUCGUGGGACAGGUUGACCACCAUGUCUCGCUCGUACUGCAGCUGCCGGUCGUUCUGGAUGAUCUCCUGCUCCGUGAGGUCGAUGAGCAGCUGCAGGUUGUGCUCCAGCUCGGGCAGCGCGAAGCCGGGGGCCCUGGCCUCCUUGCCGGGCUGGGGCGGCUGCUGUGCCUGCGGCGGGAGCCCGUCGUCGGGGACGCUGUGCUUGUGGCUCAUCUGGCUGUAGCUGUAGUAGACCUUCUGCUCCCGGCCCGUCAUGUCUAUGACCUUGGAGAAGCGGCAGGGGGCACGCGGGUUAAUGCUCACCACUGCUGCCCUGUUAGACACACACCUGAGCCCGGGGAAGGCACGACGCUCGUGGGAACGUGUCAAAACCCCACCGUUCAGCAGAGCUGGAGAAGGGCGGUGUUUCUCAAAGUGGGGCCUGGGCUGUGCCAGAUUGGAAGAGGCUCCAGGGACAAAACAACCAGGUACAACCGCCCAACCGGUUCUGGACUCGGUCCCUCUGGACCAACCGGAUGGAGAAGACUUUUUAGCAAAACUGAUGAAAUAUGAAUGUGGACUAUUUAGUUGAGAUGAAAGUCUAUUUUCAUGGAAAAGUAGAGGCUGUACUGAUCAAAGCAGGCAAUGGGACAACAUACACAAUCAAAAUAUCGUAUUUUGGUAAAAAAAUGCAUAUUUAGACAAAAACACCUGGAAGGAUGUACAUCACAGGUGUGAAAACCGGUCAUUUAUGGGAAAGGAAAGUAAUUCUAAUAUUUUUGCCUCUAUUUCCUAAUUGUCUAAAACGUACUGCAUACUGCUCCGUAAUAAUAGUUGUUUUUUUAAUUUAAAAACAACAUGAAACAUACAGAAGCCACAAAGGCAACCGAGGAAAUGAGCUAACUUCAACGUCUGAAGGCGACUGAGGAAACGAGAACGUGGCUGUGCUGACACAGAAGCUUCGCCGUCACCUGAGGUGAGAGUGUAACCUCUGAACCACCCGUAUCAGAAAUAACCUGGGGGAAAAUAACUGAGCAUGAGCCCUCAGGCCCCGUCUAGAUCUACAGCCUCAACAUUUCCAGCUGUGACCUGGGCAUCUGCGCUUCUCACCAGGUCCCCAAGUAACCUGAUACACAACACCCUGACCUUUGAGAGGCCCACUCGACUUUCCGUAAUAUACACACACUGUAUCUCCUAUGCUACGUCCCCUACAACAGACAUCUGUCACCAAUGUUCUCUGGCCACUAGGGACACUAAUGGACAGUAAUGGAAAAGCCUCAGAGACUAUCUGUACAGAACAGUGGUAAUCAUCUUAAAUGCAAUGCUGGGAUGCCCUGAGGGCCCACUCCUGCUCGAGAAGUGAGUUAGUGCAACCUUCCCACGGAAUCUAUCCUUAACAGCUGUAAAACAAAGACAAGCCUUUAUACACAAACUAACCUGCCCCAAACCAAACCAGAAAUGUUAACGGUCUAGCAACAGAAUGACAGGAACAUCAUUAAAUUCACUGACAGCAAGCUCGAGAAAGCUGGGGACAUGGUUCGAUUUAGCACUCUCAUGCCACAAGGAGCGCCUGGCACAGGGUUGGGACGGCGAUGAGCCUGGGCGUGCGUGCAGGGAGCGGGCACAGGCUGCGCCACGCCACAGACGCAGCACGCGCAGAGCCAGGAUGCAAGGCCAGCGGGAACCUUAAGCGCAAAUGUUCGGUGACUGCUCUGGUGUGUGGGUAACUUCGUGUCUUCCAAGCCCCCAUCCUGGACCAAGCAUCCACGGGCCCCGUACCUUGACCUGAGAAAGCUCCUUCUGGGGAGCAGUGAGCUUCUUGCUAAUCCUGCCCUUGGCUUUCAACUCUUCCACUGUCUUGUAAGAGUAUUUGGGCUUCUUCUUGCUUCCGCUGGGGUCUUUCCUCCACUGGCUCAGCUCCUUCUGAAAUUCCUGAAUCAGAGGGAUACAGUCCAUCACAAGAAGGAAGGGCCACUUUUUACCACAGGUGGGGUCACUGAGACUUUCACAAGGUUCUGUGCCAAGGACCGUGCUGUGUAACACUGAACCCAGCCAAGGACGCUGCUUGACACCCGCUCCCCGCCCUUACCGAUGCUGAGACCCCUUCCCCACACACCCACCCUUAUGUUCUCCCCAGGACUUCCUGGCACUACUGCUCUUUCCAGCCACACUGUGGUCACUUGUCUACUGCGUCCCUGUCCACCAGGCUCCACACCCGUUCAGCGUGGGACACCAGCCUCCAGCACGGUGAAUGGCGCACGGUAGCUGAGCGAGUGAGCGAGCAGAUGAACAAACACCAGCUGAGAGGGGCACAGACAGCACCCGGCCCGUCUCCUGACUCACCUCCUCGGCUUCUUCUUCAGAGUCAGCCAUGGGGAAGUCUUGCAGGGGCUGAGUGGUGCGCUCCGAGCCGUAUGCCCCCACAGCGCCCUUCCCCUUUCUCUGCUUGGCUUCGAUUGGGUUGAUGAUACCUGACAAAUUUCAGCAAGACAGAGACUUCAGGUCUCGGCAGUUGCCACGUGUGUGAGCCACUCAGGGGGACCGCACUCCUGGGUCCUCACUCACGACGACGCACCACCCAGGAAGGAGAGUGCACUUCCGCCCUCACAACACUGUUCCGCUCCCGGUGACCGCAAGUGUCUGUGCGUUUAUGCUGCCACAGAGCAGUGUGCUGAUUUCACCCUAUGUAUGUCCUAAAUACAGAUUUCCAUUUCCACUUGGAUUCAUUUUUUUAGUGGAUGGGAAUAUUCAUUUAUAACUGGAAACUCUGGCAUAGUAGAGUCUACACUUUGUUAAUUUGGAAGCCUAUUAAUACGGAAAGGGCAGUAAUUCAGAUAAUAUAUUAAUUCUGAUUAAACUGAGGGAAGCUGCCAUUUAAUAUGAAACUCCACCUAUUUUACUUAGUACUUCAUGUCUCCCAUGCUUAACUUGUUCUAUAACAUGUUUAAGCCUUGGAAAUAAAUGUGUCUUUCCUGUAAAAAAGUUUUACAAACAGGACUACAACAUUUCAGUGAAGAACUGCCCUCACCCCAAACUUCCCACCACACCCCUCCCAGCUAGUACUGUGGAAAUGCCACAUUAGAACGUCCCUCACUCUCAUUCCAGGUCACCUUUUCCAUCUUCACUCAAGUCCAUGGAUUUUUCAUACAGCUAAUAGUUACCUGUCCUGCCCCUUUGUGAGCAGGGACCGCAAACUCAUAUGCCUUGAGGGCCCAGAAACAUUAACAGGAACAAGGAAAGUGUGCUGGGGUGUGGAGAAGGCUUCCAGAAUAAGGCUGUGGCUGCUACCUGGGGCAGGAAGAUUCAGCUAAACCAAUCACUGCCAAGCAAAUCUAGAAUUCAGAUUGUAAAAUACUGGCAACCAGUUUGAUUUUUUAGAAACACUGGGCGGGCCAGAAAGAAGCCUGUUUUCAGCCUAUCAGCCUGCAGCCUAUUUGAACCCUGACCUCUCCCUCCUGCUGAAGUAAGUGUAUUUUAUGUAACUUGAGUUCUGAUAAAGUGCGGUGGCUUGGAGCACAACUGUCACGUGCUGUCAGAAAAGCGAAAAAGCCGAGAAAAGGCAAAGCAUGCCCCAGCUGCUCCUCCAGCCUCUGCCUGGCCGCCCUCGUGUGAGACCGUGGAGCGGGGGGUACUGCACCUUGCGCGUUCUUCCCGAGGCCUCUUCCGGGGACAUAGCCCAUCUUCUGAAGAAGCUUCUGUCCAAUUCCUUUUGUGUGUCUUUCCCAGCUGCCAAAAUCCAUGAAAGACUUGGUGCCUCCUGCAAAACCUUUCUGGCUGGGUUUAAAAUUGCCACCCUGAAAAGAAGAAGAAAAAUCAAAAGAAAGAAAAACCUAAGAAAGCAAGCUUGGCUGAUGGGAACGUGGCCUGGCAGUCACAGAGCAUUAUGAAAAGUAUCCUAUUGUACAAACCAAACAUAUCUGUGAUGUGUCUCAGGAAAGAGACAAGACUGCACUGCACAUAUCACCCCUCAGGGAAGCCUGCCCCACAGGGAGAGACCCACACGACCGGCCUCCAGCUGAACCCCUCCCCCAGCAGAUGCUUGGGCCAAAGAGAUCUUCCAGGGAUAUUACUAAGGUCACAAUCCUUCAAUAAAAAUGCUACCGUUUUUAACUUCUUUGGUCCGAAAUCCUUAGGAAAUUCAUCCUGCUUCACAGGUUUCUCCUCAUCGUCGGAGCCUUCCAGCUCCGGCUCUUCUGCCGCCCCUUUCUUGAGCCCCGCGCUGAUGAAGUUGACUGGCGCCGAGUAGUCGCGGGCCCUGCGGGCAAACACAAGGCCCCACGGGGUCCAUGAGAACUCUCUGCAGGCAUCCCUUGUAGCAGCUUUGCUGGCCAGAGAACUCCUUAGAGUGGACCUCAUGGGAUCCAUUUUAAAGACCAACCCAUUGACUCGUAUCAAAAGGGCCCCAAUAAUCACGUUUGACGUUUUUGCCUGAUGUGUUCAAGUCAACUCCGUGGCUUAAGAGUUACCAAUAACAGAGUUGACUAAAAAUUGUAAAUAUGAUGUGACUGUCCACCUUCCUUCUACGUUUUUGAAAAAUUAACUUACUUUAAAAAGCAUUUGUGACACUGAGUCAAGAUGGCAGAGUAGGAGGAUGUGGAGCUCAGCUCUCCCCACAAUACGUCAGGAAUACAUGUACAAAUGGAACAGUUCUCAGAGAAUACCUGCUGAACACCAGCAGAGGACCUCGGACACCAAAAAGGACAAGAAAGAGCUCUGCGUAACCAGGUAGGACAAAAGAAAGACAAAAAAAAAAAAAAAAAAGACAGGCCCUGCGAGCUGAAGGAGAGGAGAGGUCCCUGCACCCGGGGAAGUCCCGCCACCGGCGGAGAGAUCGGCUGGGACAGAAAAGGAGCUUCGGAGGCUCAGAGGAGAACGCAGCAACCGGUCCGUGACAGGCAGGACAGAGUGAGAACUAGGCGGACGGUCUGUGCCACAGCCCUAUGCACCCCAGCCCGAGGCCUGUGUCCGCUGGGACGGGCAGGGGCUGGGUGCCCGAAAGUGGGGUUUAAAGAACAGACGCGGGGAGAGGACUGCUGCUGGCUGUGCAGAGACAGGCUGUAGGGGUGGGAGUGCGGAGCUCUGCAACCAGGAAUGCUGGUGGAAGCAGCCCAGGCCGCCACAGAAGUGAAGUGCCUUUUUUAAGAGGCACGCGAAGCGCAGGGCCACCACCGCGGCCUCUUCCCCGACGCGCAGCCCCUGCCUCCCCGGGCUCUGGGAGGGGCUCCUGGCUCAUGUGCUCCAGCAGCCUCGGGAGCAGAUGCCCGUGGGUGGCCCGCACGCAGAGGAGGGGCUGAAGCCACAGCUGAGCCCCAGGGGCCCUGAAACUACGGAAGAAGAGCUGAAGUCUCUUCUUGCGGCUGCGUGAACUGGAUUUACACCUCCACUGACGGCUUUAUAAAUUCAGCUCCUGCUGAACAUCCGAGUGGACGAGCGCCCCCUCAGCUGAAAGGCCUGGCUUCAGCAGCCGAGGGCUCUGUGGGCACGUACACGCGGGGCUGGGCCAGGCCGGAGUCCGAGCUGCCCCCACAGCAGGUCCAGGUGCAGCACCACUGCGGUCCUGGGAUUCAGUGCAUGUGCGCUGGUGGCCCGGUGAAAACAAUGCCUGAGAGUCACCAGGGCCAACUGCCGGCACACCCACAGUUAAGGUGGGACCAGUGCCAACGACAGCGUACUUUGUGAGCCCACGCAAUGGGGGAAGAGUGACACAGCAGAGCACAUUCACAGGUGAAAGCUCCAAUGGAGGAAUACUCAGUGGCUUCUCUCCCAGUGGGAGGGCUCCAAUCCCACCUACCUUGCACCGCAGAUCAGAAACACAGCUCAGAAACAGAUCUGGGGGCUUCUACUCCAACAGCUAGGGAGCAGACCCUGCCCCUGACAUGGCAGUGACAACCACAGAGCAAAGAGGAGGCCUCACUUGAUAGCCAGUGUAGGCUCUGGUCACCACAACAUCAGUCACACCACCUAUCAAAGGGAUAACGGCCAGCAUACACUGAGGAAAGAGGUGGCAGACAUCCAUACUAAAGGCAGCACUUGCACUAAAAAAAUAUUAAACCCACGCAGGCUACACAGGGACAUUCCCACUUAAAAAUAGCCUUCCAGGGACUUCCCUGGUGGUCCAGUAAUAAAGAAUCCACCUCACAAUCCAGGGAUGUGGGUUUGACCCCUGGUCAGGGAACUAAGAUCCCACAUGCCAUGGGGCAACUAAGCCCGCACACCACAACUACUGAGCUCACACACCUCAACCAGGGUCCACAUGCUGCAAACUACAGAGCCCAGCACUCUAGAGCCCAUGCACCACAACGAGAGAGAAAACCCACAUGCCACAACUACAGAGAAGCCCACACGCCACAACAAAGAGCCCAUGUGCCACAACAAAAGAUCCUGCAUGCCUCAACGAAGAUCCCACAUGUGCCACAACUAAGACCCGACGCAGCCAAAAAUAAAUAGUAAAUGAAAUAAAUAAAUAAAUCUUGAGGGAAAAAAAAAUUGCCUUCCAAGACAGUCUGAGGGUCUGGCGCCAGGAGGAGGAACCCCCAGGGCAUUUAGCUUUGAAGGCUAGUGGGGCUGGAGUGCAGGAGUUCCACAGGGCUGGGGAAACAGAGACUGUACUCCUGAAGGGCGCACACAAGGUCUCACGUGCACUGGGACCCAGCACAAAGCAGUACCUCCAUAGGAACCUGGGCUAGACCUACUUACAGGUCUUGGAGGGUCUCCUGGGGAGGCAGGGGUCAGCUAUGGCUCACUGGGGGGGGCAAGGACACUGGUUGCAGAGGCCCCAGGGAACACUGGUCAGUGUGAGCUCUCCUGGAGGUCCCCAUUUUGGCACCAAGACCUGCCCCCACUCAACAACCUGCAGGCUCCAGUGCUGGAACGCCUCAGUCCAAACAACCAGCCAGAUAGGAACACAGCCUCACCUGUCAGCAGAGAGGCUGCCUGAAGUCGUACUGAGCUUAAAGCCACCUCUUGACACAGCCCUCCCCACCAGAGGGAAAACACCCAGCUCCACCCACCACAGGGCAGGCAUCACUCCCUCCCACCAGGAAGCCUGCAUAAGUCCCUGGACCAACCUCACCCACCAGGGGACAGACACCAGAAUAAAGAGGAACUACAAUCCUGCAGCCUGUGGAAAGAUGACCAGAAACACAGAAGGACAAAAUGAGAUGACAGAGAAAUAUGUUUCAGAUGAAGGAACAAGAUAAAACCCACAAGAACAACUAAAUGAAGAGACAGGCAAUCUACCUGAAAGAGACUUCAGAGUAAUAAUAGUAAAGAUGAUCCAAAAUCUCAGGAAAAGAACAGAGGCACAGGCCGAGAAGACACAAGAAAUGUUUAACAAAGAGCUAGAAGAUUUAAAGAACAAACAGAUGAAGGAUACAACAACUAAAAUGAAAAAUACACUAGAAGGGGGACUUCCCUGAUGGUCCAGUGGUCAAGAAUCCACCUUCCAAUGCAGGGUACACAGGUUUGAUCCCUGGUCAGGGAACUAAGAUCCCUCAUGCCACGGGGCAACUAAACCUGCGUGCCUCAACAAGAGAGCCCACGUGCUGCAAACUACAGAGCCCACAUGCUCUGGAGCCCAUGCACCACAACUAGAGAGAGAAAACCUGCACACUACAACUAGAGAGAAGCCCGCGCAGAGAGAAGCCCACACAUCACAAUGAACAGCCCACGUGCAACUAAGGCCCAAUGCAGCCAAAAUAAAUAAAUAAAUAAAUAAAUAUAAAAAAGAUACACUAGAAGGGAUCAAUAGCAGAAUAACUGAGGCAGAAGAACAAAUAAGUGAGCUGGAAGACAGAGUGGUGGAAAUCACAGCCACAGAACAGAAUAAAGAAAAAGAAUGAAAGGAAAUGAGGACAGUCUCAGAGACCUCUGGGAUAACAUUAAACACACAAACACUUGCAUUAUAGGGGUCCCAGAAGGAGACGAGAGAGAGAAAGGGCCUGAGAAAAUAUUUGAAGAGAUUACAGCCAAAAACUUCCCUAACAUAAGAAAGGAAACAGUCAACUCCAGGAAGUAUAGAGAGUCCCAUACAGGAUAAAUCCAAGGAGGAACCCACUGAGACACAUAUCAAUCAAACUGACAAAAAUUAAAUACAAAGAAAAAAUAUUAAAAGCAACAAGGGAAAAGCAACAAAUAACAAGGGAAUCCCCAUAAGGUUAUCAGCUGAUUUUUCAGCAGAAACUCUGCAGGCCAGAAGGGAGUGGCACGAUAUAUUUAAAGUGACAAAAGGGAAAAAAAUCUACAACCAAGAAUACUCUACCCAGGACUCCCCUGGUAGUGCAGUGGUUAAGACUCUGCGCUCCCAAUGCAGGGGGCCUGGGUUUGAUCCCUGGUCAGGGAACUAGAUCCCACAUGCAGGCAGAACUAAGACUUUGCAUGCCACAACUAAGGAGCCGGCAAGCCUCAACUAGGGAGCCCUCAAGCUGCAACUAAGGAGCCUGCCUGCCACAACUAAGACCCAGCGCCACCAAAUAAACAAACAAAUUAAUUAAUUAAUUAAAAAAAAAAGAAUACUUUACCCAGCAAGGCUCCCAUUCAGAUUUGAUGGAGAAAUCAAAAGUUUUACAGAUAAGCAAAAACUAAGAGAAUUCAGUACCACCAAACCAGCUUUACAACAAAUACUAAAGGAACUUCUCGAGGCAGAAAAGGUCACAAACAGAAACAAGAAAAUUAUGAAUGGGAAAGCUCACUGGUAAAGGAAAACAUACAGUAAAGGAAAGCAAUCAUCCACACACAAAUAUGAUAUCAAAACCAGCAACCAUGAGAAGAGGAUAGUACAAAUGCAGGAAAUGGGAAAUGCAUCUGAAAUUGAGACCAGCAGCUUAAAAUAACCUUGUGUGUGUGUGUAGGCUGCCACAUCAAAACCUCAUGGGAACUGCAAACCAAAAAACUACAAUAGAUACACAAAAAAGGAAAAGCAAUCCAAACACAACACUAAAAAUAGUCAUCAAAGCACAAGGAAACAAAAGAAGGAAAGAAAAAAGACCUACAAAAACAAACCUAAAACAAUUAAGAAAAUGGCAGUAAGAACAUACAUAUUGAUAAUUACCUUAACUGUAAAUGGAUUAAAUACUCCAACCAAAAGACAAACACUGGCUGAAUGGAUACAAAAACAAGACCCAUAAAUAUGCUGUCUACAAGAGACCCACUUCAAAUCUAAGGACACAUAGAGACUGAAAGUGAGGGGAUGGGAAAAGGUAUUCCAUGCAAAUGGAAAUCAAAAGAAAGCUGGGGUAGCAAUACUCAUGUAAGACAAAAGAGACUUUAAACACUGUUACAAGAGACAAGGAAGGACACUACAUAACGAUCAAGGGAUCGAUCCAAGAAGAAGAUAUAACAAUUAUAAAUAUUUAUGCACCCAACAUAGGAGCACCUCAAUAGAUAAGGCAAAUGCUAACAGCCAUAAAAGGAGAAAUCGACUUUACAGCCCACUUUUAUCAAUGGACAGAUCUUCCAGACAGAAAAUCAAUACGGAAACACAGGCCUUAAAUGACACAUUAAACAAGAUGGACUUAAUUGAUAUUUAUAGAGCAUCCCAUCGAAAAGGAGCAGAAUACUCAUUCUUCUCAAGUACACAUGGAACAUUCUCCAGGACUGAUCACAUGCUGGGCCACAAAGCGAGCCUCAGUAAAUUUAAGAAAACUGAAAUCAUAUCAAGCAACUUUUCUGACCACAACGCUAUGAGAUUAGAAAUCAACUACAAGAAACAAACUGUAAAAAACACAAACACAUAGAGGCUGAACAAUAUGCUACUCAACAACCAACGGAUCACUGAAGAAAUCAGAGAGGAAAUCACACAAUACCUAGAGACAAAUGACAACAAAAACACGACAAUCCAAAACCUAUGGGACACAGCAAAAGCAGUCCUAAGAGGAAAGUUUAUAGCAAUACAAUCUUACCUCAGGAAACAACAAAAAUCUCAAAUAAACAACCUAACCUUACACCUAAAGCAACUAGAGAAAGAAAAACAAACAAAACCCAAAGUUAGCCGAAGGAAAGAAAUCAUAAAGAUCAGAGCAGAACUAAAUUAAAUAGAGACAAAGAAAACAACAGAAAAGAUCCAUGAAACUAAAAGCUGGUUCUUUGAAAAGAUAAAUAAAACUGAAAAACCUUUAGCCAGACUAUCAAGAAAAAAAGGGAGAGGGCUCAAAUCAAUAAAAUUAGAAAUGAAAAAGAAGAAGUUACAAUGGACACCACAUAAAUACAAAGGAUAAGAGACUACUAUAAGCAACUAUGUCAAUAAAAUGGACAACCUAGAAGAAAUGGAAAAAUUCUUAAAAAGGUACAAUCUCCCAACACUGAACCAGGAAGAAAUAGAAAAUAUGAACAGACCAAUCACAAGUACUGAAAUUGAAACUGAAUAAAAAAUUCCCAACAAACAAAAGCCAUCCAGGACCAGAUGGCUUCACAGGCAAACUCUAUCAAACAUUUAGAGAAGAGUUAACAUCUAUCCUUCUGAAACUAUUCCACAAACUUGCAGAGGAAGUAACAUUCCCAAACUCACUCUAUGAGGCCACCAUCACUCUGAUAUCAAAACCAGACAAAGAUAUCACCAAAAGAAAAAAAAAAAAAAAGAAAGAAAAUUACAGACUAGUUUCACUGAUGAACAUAGAUGCAAAAUCCUCAACAAAAUACUAGGAAAUCAAAUCGAACAAUACAUUAAAAGGAUCAAACACUAUGAUCAAGGGGGAUUCAUCCCAGGGAUGCAAGGAUUCUUUAAUAUCUGCAAAUCAAUCAGUGUGAAACACAUCAACAAGUUGAAGAAUAAAAACCAUAUGACCAUCUCAAUAGAUGCAGAAAAAGCUUUUGACAAAAUUCAACACCCAUUUAUGAUAAAAAAAAAAAAGAACUCUCCAGAAAGUGGGCAUAGAGGGAACAUACCUCAACAUAAUAAAGGCCAUAUAUGACAAACCUACAGCUAACAUCAUACUCAACGGUGAAAAGCUGAAAGCAUUUCCUCUAAGAUCAGGAACAAGACAAGGAUGUCCACUCUUGCCACUUUCAUUCAACAUAGUUUUGGAAGUCCUAGCCAUGGCAAUCAGAGAAGAAAAAGAAAUAAAAGGAAUACAAAUUGGAAAAGAAGUAAAGCUGUCACUGUUUGCAGAUGACAUGAUACCAUACAUAGAAAAUCCUAAAGAUGCUACCAGAAAACUACUAGAGCUCAUCAAUGAAUCUGGUAAAGUUACAGGAUACAAAAAUUAAUACACAGAAAUCUGUUGCAUUCCUAUACAAUAACAGAAGAUCAGAAAGAGAAAGAAACAACCCCGUUUACCAUCAUCAAAAAGAAUAAAAUACCUAGGAAUAAACCUACCAAAAGACCUGUACUCCGAAAACUUUAAGAUGCUGAUGAAAGAAACUGAAGAUGACACAAACAGAUGGAAAGAUAUACCAUGAUCCUGCAUUGGAAGAAUCAGUAUUGUCAAAAUGAAUAUUCUGCCCAAGGCAAUCUACAGAUUCAAUGCAAUCCCUAUCAAAUUACCAAUGGCAUUUUUCAAAGAACUAGAACAAAACAUUUUAAAAUUUGUAUGGAGACACAAAAGACCCCAAAUAGCCAAAGCAAUCUUGAGAAAGAAAAAUGGAGCUGGAGGAAUCAGGCUCCCUGACUUCAGACUAUACUACAAAGCUACAGCCAUCAAGAGUAUGGUACUGGGCUUCCCUGGUGGCGCAGUGGUUGAGAAUCUGCCUGCCAAUGCAGGGGACACGGGUUCGAGCCCUGGACUGGGAAGAUCCCACAUGCCACGGAGCAACUGGGCCCGUGAGCCACAAUGACUGAGCCUGCGCGUCUGGAGCCUGUGCUCCGCAACAAGAGAGGCCGCGAUGGUGAGAGGCCCGCGCACCGCGAUGAAGAGUGGUCCCCACUUGCCGCAACUGGAGAAAGCCCUCACACAGAAACGAAGACUCAACACAGUCAUAAAUAAAUAAAUUAAAAAAAAAAAAAAAGAGUAUGGUACUGUCACAAAACCAGAAAUACAUAUCAAUGGAACAGGAUAGAAAGUCCAGAAAUAAACCCACACACCUAUGGUCAAUUAAUCUACAACAAAGGAGGCAAGACUCUACAAUGGAAAAAAGACAGUCUCUUCAAUAAAUGGUGCUCAGAAAACUGGACAGCUACAUGUAAAAGAAUGAAAUUAGAACAUUCUUUAACACCAUACACAAAAAUAAACUCAAAAUGGAUUAAAGACCUAAAUGUAAGACGUGAUACUAUAAAACUCUUAGAGAAAAACAUAGGCAGAACGCUCUCUGACAUAAAUCGCAGCAAUAUCUUUUUCGAUCUGUCUCCUUGAGUAAUGGAAAUAAAAAUUAAAUAAACAAAUGGGACCCAAUUAAACUCAAAAACUUUUGCACAGCAAAGGAAACCAUAAACAAAACAAAAAGACAACCCACAGAAUGGGAGAAAAUAUUUGCAAACGAUGUGACCGACAAGAGAUUAAUCUCCAAAAUCUACAAACAGCUCAUGCAGCUUAAUAUCAAAAACAACAACAAAAAAAAAUCAAAAAAUGGGCAGAAGACCUAAACACUUUUCCAAGGAAGACAUAUAUAUGGCCAAGAGGCAAUUGAAAAGGUGCCCACAAUCGCUAAUUAUUAGAGGAAUGCAAAUCAAAACUACAAUGAGAUAUCACCUCACACCAAUCAGAAUGGCCCUUAUCAAAAAAUCUACAAAUAGUAAAUGCUGGAGAGGGUGUGGAGAAAAGGGAAUCCUCCUACACUGUUGGUGGGAAUGUAAAUUGGUACAGCCACUUUGGAGCAGAGUAUGGAGGUUCCUUAAAAAACUAAAAAUAGAGCCAUUAUAAGAUCCAGCAAUCCUACUCCUGGGCAUAUAUCUGGGGAAAACCAUAACUCAAAAAGAUACAUGUACCCCAAUGUUCACUGCAGCACUAUUUACAGUAGCCAAGACAUGGAAGCAACCUAAAUGUCCAUUGACAGAUGAAUGCAUAAAGAUGUGGUACACACAAUGUUCACUGCAGCUCUAUUUACAAUAGCCAGGACAUGGAAGCAACCUAAGUGUCCAUCAACAGAUGAAUGGAUAAAGAAGAUGUGGCACAUAUAUACGAUGGAAUAUUACUCAGCCAUAAAAAGAAACGAAGGACUUCCCUGGUGGUGCAGUGGUUGAGAACCCGCCUGCCAAUGCAGGGGACACGGGUUUGAGCCCUGGUCCGGGAAGAUCCCACAUGCCGUGGAGCAACUAAGCCCGUGUGCCACAACUACUGAGCCUGUGCUCUAGAGCCCGCGAGCCAUAACUACUGAGCCCGCGUGCCACAACUACUGAGCCCGCACGCCCUAGAGCCCGUGCUCCGCAACAAGAGAAGCCACUGCAAUGAGAAGCCCGUGCACCGCAACCAAGAGUAGCCCCCGCUCGCCACAACUAGAGAAAGCCCGCGCACAGCAACAGAGACCCAACACAGCCAAAGAUAAAAUUAAAUUAAAAAAAAAAACUUUAAAAAAAAAAAAAACAAGAAACGAAAUUGAGUUAUUUGUAGUGAGGUGGGUGGACCCAGAGGCUGUCAUACAGAGUGAAGUAAGUCAGAAAGAGAAAAACAAAUACCACAUGCUAACACAUAUAUAUGGAAUCUUAAAAAAAAAAAAAGGUUCUGAAGAACCUGGGGCAGGAUAAAGAUGCAGACGUAGAGAAUGGACUUGAGGAUGUGGGGCGGGGAAGGGUAAGCUGGGACGAAGUGAGAGAGUAGCACUGACACAUAUACACUACCAAAUGUAAAAUAGAUAGCUAAUGCGAAGCAGCGGCAUCGCACAGGGAGAUCAGCUCGGUGCUUUGUGACCACCUAGAGGGGUGGGAGGGAGACGCAAGAGAGAGGAGAUAUGGGGAUGUAUGUAUAUGUAUAGCUGAUUCACUUUGUUAUACAGCAGAAACUAACACACCAUUGUAAAGCAAUUAUACUCCAAUAAAGAUGAUUUACAAAAAAAAAGAUGUGGUACAUAUAUACAAUGGAAUUUUUUUACUCAGCCGUAAAAAAUAAUGAAAUAAUGCCAUUUGCAGCAACAUGGAUGGACCUAGAGAUUAUCAUACUAAGUGAACUAAGUCAGACAGACCAGAGAAAGACAAAUAUAAUAUGAUAUCACUUAUAUGUGGAAUCUAAUUAAAAAAAUGACACAAAUGAACUUAUUUCCAAAACAGAAACAGACACACAGAUCUGGAAAUCAAACUUAUGGUUACCAAAGGGGAAACGUGGGGGGAAGGGAUAAAUUAGGAGAUUGGGAUUAACAUAUACACACUACUGUAUAUAAAAUAGAUAACUAAUAAGGACCUACUGUGUAGCACAGAGAACUCUACUCAAUAUUCUGUAAUGACCUAUAUGGGAAAAGAAUCUGGGAAAAAAAAAAAGCAUUUGUUUCAGACACUAUUUCAAGUAGAAAAAUCAAACAAGAAAGACACUCUCAUAAAUCAAAAUCAUAAAUAAGUAAAAUAUAUUAAGAGAGAUUAUAUGAAUGUAAAGUAUAUUAGCAAUUAUAUCAGAUUCUUAGAAAAUCUCAUCUCCAUUAAAUUUGUUUAUGAAAACUAAAAUACCUAAGAGGGACUUCCCUGGUGGUCCAGUGGCUAAGACUCCGUGCUCCCAGUGCAUGGGGCCCAGGUUGGAUCCCUGGUCAGGGAACUAGAUCCCACAUGCUGCAACUAAGAGUUCACACACCGCAAUAAAGAUCCCACAUGCCACAACUAAAAUACCCCGCAUGCCGCAACUAAAAAGAUCCUGCGUGCCGCAACUAAGACCCGGCGCAGCCAAAUAAAUAAAUAAAUAAAAAUAAAAUAUUAAAUAAGUAAAUAAAAUACCUAGGAAAUCAACUCCGUGAGAUGGAAAGUAUUGAUUUUAACCCUGAAUGCCUCAAGAACAGUAGUUACAAUAAGUCAUUAGCAACAGUUCCCUUUUGUAUGAACUGGAGCUGAUAGCUUUCUAUUGUGUAGUUAAAGGGAGAGAAAAGAUUCCAAAGAAAAGCCCCGGGAAAUAAGGCGAUGCUU